AUGACGAAUUCCAACUAUGAACAACUGAACAUACCUGAGUUGUUUUUUUCUCCCUGCGGCUGCGAAUUACGCCGACUACGGUACCGAAGCAACGAGAUUAUGAUUGACAGGGAAAAGAAGGAGCUUGGGACGACCGGGAUAAGCUUCAGAGAGCUCGAUUUGGAAGAUGGAGGAGAGCCCGAGGAGAGAGGAGCGGGAGACUCGAGAGGAGAGAGAGAAGAUAUUAAGAGAUGGAGGGAGGGAAGAGAUGAUGACUCGCCUAAAUUAGGGUUUUGCGAUUUCCUCUCAGUCUCUCUCUUCCAGGCUAAAAUCAUGGAUUUGUGCUUUCCUCUUUCGGAACUUGCAGAUGAAAUCGUGGAGGAUAUCAUAGCUCGUGUGCCGAGAUUCGAUUACCCAAGCCUCUCUCUCGUUUCGAGGCGUUUCCGGUCAAUCGUAGCGUCGCCGGAGCUCUACGCGAGACGAUCGUCGCUGGGCUGCACCGAACACUGUCUCUAUGCCGUUCCAUUCAACCCACAAACACACGAUUACCGUUGGUACAUUCUCCUCCGGAAACCCAAUAGCAAUCGGUUGGUCCCUAUCCCGUCGCUUCCUCUAAUGCGUUCCCGUGGAAGAUAUGUCCCGGUGGGCUCGAGCAUUUACGCGGUGGGUGAAGACGACUUUGGAGUUACCGAUUCGAGUGCGUUAAGCAUCCGCAUCGACUGUACAUGUCAUACAGAGCAGCCCAUUUCCGACUGCCCUAAGCCUAUCGAUGGUACGGUCGCUGAUAUGGACGACGAUAAGGUUUAUAUAAUAGAUGGUAAGAGAGAUGAUGAUGAUAACUGGGUUAAGAGGAUCAAGGUGGUGAAUAGAAAAACACAAAUGUUGGAGAUGACAAAGCCAGAGGAGUUGCUAGGUCGAAUGUGGUAUGACUCUGUGGUGAAGGCGGGUAAGGUCCACAUGUCGGAUCAUAAUUUCCAUAGGAUUUUCGCGUUGAAUCGUAAGAGUUUGGAUGACAUUCACAUGGAGUGGAAGAAUGCGUGUGUCAUUGACCAGAUAUUGUACUACUAUGACUGUCAUGAGAACAAGCUAAGAAGCUUUGAUUCAAAGGAGAGGUGUUGGGGAGUGGUGAAUGGUGUGGGAAGACUGUUACCUGAGCGGGUUGCGUCGGUGUGGUCACAAACUGUUAGUUACGGUGGUAAUCUGGCUGUGUUCUUUUCUGAUAUAGAGACCGAGAGUGGGAAGAGAGAGAUUUGGUGUGCAGAAAUUUCACUAGAAAGAGGCCAAGGAGGAGAGGUUUUGGGUAAAGUUGAGUGGUGUCACGUUGUAUUUGUUGGACAUCUUGUCCUUCAAAAAGCUCUAGCUGUUAUGGUUUGA